AUGAAUAGAAGAGACCGCCUGCAGGUGAAAAGAAGCCCAGACUCAACACUAAACUUUGGGAUAGACGAGACUAUUAUGUUCCAAACACCUAUCCCAAAGAUGAGAGCUACUAAGAGUGUGGAGCCCGUGGAGGUGCAUAGAUAUGGGCAGGAUAGGAAGGGUGUGAAAAACUACCCUGUCUACACGGCAAUUGCUGUUCUAUAUGUUCUACUUUUCUACAUAGCCAUCAUGAAGCCAAUGAGCUCUAUGGUCGUGGAGAAUCUGAUGGAGGAAAUAAGCAUACUGAGGGAGGAAAAUGCACGAAUGAGCAAGCAAAUAGAGGGAAUGGCACACACAAAGGAGGUGAACUAUGCAAAGGUUGAAGAAGGUGCAAGAGUAAGAAUUGGGGACAUGUCGCAACUCUUUUCAUAUGGGCUCCUAGGGUUCAGGAAGCACAAAGAUCCAGCCACUAUACUUGACGAGAAUGUAAGUAUUGGAGAAUGCCUAUCAUUCAAGGGGCGCAGCUGUAAAUUUUCCAUUGAUUUUGAUAAAGAAAUCACAAUCGAUAGGGUGGGGUUUUACCAUCCUAUUACCAAGGAUACAAGUAGUGCAAUACACGAAUUUGAGGUUUUUUCCUAUGGCCCCGAUGGACACAUGCUUCUGGGAGAGUUCAAGUACGAUGCAAGUGUGUGUGGGUUUCAGACAUUUGAGUUUGAAAAGACAAGGGCCGAUUCAAUAGAGUUUUUCAUUAAGAACAACGGGGGACACAAAAAGUUCACAUGUAUCUACAAGGUCUAUCUUUUUGGAAAUAAAUAG